CAAACCACCUCCCCUGAGCGGGGAAUCCUUAGUCUCUCCCUGGGGGACGGUCAGGGGGGCGGCUCCCGCCCUUGCAGAAACCGUCACGGCGGACGAGUGAGGCCUUGUGGGAGGGGCGCCGAUCCCUGCGCCCUGCCCAAGCCACGGGCGGCGGCCGCAGUGCGCUCUGCGGCCGGCCCUUACCUCAGACCCCGCCCGCCCGCCCUCGGGCGGCCCGAGGGGCUGCCCCGCUGCCGAAGCCCGCACAACUCCCCCGGUGAGCCCUUGAAGGCUCGGUGCCGGCGGGGACAACCGCCCACCGUGCCCGGUAGGGCGUGCGGAGCGACUCGCCCCGCCUGGCCCCCGCCGGGCCCGGACCAGCCCCGCAACCGUCGCCGCGGCAACGGGCGGGCGGCGCAGGGGCUCCUCUGGGGAUUCCCCCGGGGCGGGGCCCCUGCGCGUGCCCGGCUCAGCGACGUCACCGCGUCAGGCGGCCGGUGCCGGAAGCGAGGUGCGGAAGGGCCGGAGCUGCCCUGCGGAGGGGCCAUGGCGGCGGGAUACCAGUACAGGCCCAACGGCGGCGGCGGCGCCCCGCUGCCCGACCCCACCUUCCUGUGGAACGUCUUCCAGAGGGUUGAUAAAGAUAGGAGUGGAAUAAUAUCUGAUAAUGAACUUCAGCAGGCAUUAUCCAAUGGCACGUGGACUCCGUUUAAUCCAGCAACAGUCAGGUCAAUUCUUGGCAUGUUCGACAGGGAAAACAAAGGUGGUGUGAACUUCAAUGAAUUCACAGGAGUCUGGAAGUACAUCUCAGAUUGGCAGAAUGUCUUUCGAACGUAUGACAGAGACAAUUCUGGAAUGAUUGACAAAAAUGAACUAAAGCAAGCACUAACAGGUUUUGGUUACCGACUGUCUGAUCAAUUCUACGAUAUCCUUAUUCGGAAAUUUGACAGACAAGGAAGAGGGCAAGUUGCUUUUGAUGACUUUAUUCAGUGUUGUGUUGUUUUACAGAGGUUGACUGAUGUGUUCCGACGUUACGAUACUGAUCAAGAUGGCUGGAUUCAGGUGUCCUAUGAGCAAUAUCUUUCCAUGGUCUUCAGCAUCGUAUGACACUGAUAACUAGCCAUAGCACACUGGCGUUACACAGACUGGAGUUGCCAAAUCAUCCUGUACUGAAUAAGAUUAUUGAUGUAUUAUAAUGGAUAUAACUUCACAUUCUUGAAUUUUGUAUGUUGGUCGUCACCUUCAGAAUCUGUACUUGAGUUGGUUUUUAUUUUGUAUGACUGUACAAUAUGACCAUCUCUGCUUACUGUAGGACAGAAAGCACAGAAUCUAGAUUUAACUGGUGCAAUGUCAAACUUAACCUUCUUCCACAUAUCCUGCAUGGGGAAAAAUGACUCUUUAGAAAUGCCAAAUUAAAAUAAUGCUUGUUAGUUUGUAAGAGUUGAAAGUCAGAAGUUGCACAACAUGUUUUGCAUGUGCCUUACUUUUAUAAAUAAGAGUUUAAUGUAUUAAUUUUUAAUACAGAAUUUAAAAUGAAGUAAAAAUAUUAGAUCAACUUUUA